AUGGUAACGGAAAUCACUUUAGGCAGUAAUAGCCCGAUAAGUAUGGAUGAAAUGCCGGUCCGUAACAGACAAUCGCCGGACAAUAACAGUCUGAAUGAGACCACUAGUAGUGAUACCAGCGCUACAAUUGCCAGCACAUCAUCGCCACCACAGGCACCGGCGUCUCAGCCCACAGACCGCUUGAUAAUCGCAGAGUCGGUCAAUACUACCGACCGCUACGAACGACGUGACCUAAUGGACGUAUUACUGGUGGAACGCAUGCGCGUCACAAACACCGACUUCGGAUUAUUUUUACUUUCUAUCGUGCUAUACCUGUGGGACGUGGCCAGUGAUAUAGUGCUAGCAAUUAAUCAUUAUCUCAAUCAAAAUUAUUGGUAUUUCGGUCUGACGCUGACGUUCAUACUUUUGCCGUCAUUAGUUUUGAUGGUAAUUAUGCGACGCUGGUAUAAUUAUUUAUAUGAAUAUCAGCCACCUGGUAAUCAGCCUCCAACACUGCCCAUUCAACCGACCACAGCCUGCGAACGCCAUACACUAACCGCGUGCCUAUGGUUGCAAUUGGGACCCAUGUAUCGACGUAUCGAUAUAUUGGUGCAUGCUCACAAAUCCAGACAACUAACUAGAUCAUGGGAAGAUAGGGCGGAGCAGUUCAAGUGUUACUCAUAUAAAAAGCGCGAGCUGAAUCGCUCGCAAAUCAUUGAGACCUUCAUGGAAGCGGCCCCUCAGCUCGUGCUUCAGCUCUAUAUCGUGGCCAUGUCUAGCACUCGGAACAUCGGUGUUCUGACAUGGGCGCGCGUAUUAGCCAUAUCGCUGUUUGCCAGCGUAUUCCCGAUUCAUCUAGCUGUGGUUUGCUGUUUGCACUAUCUGGCCAUGUUCGUAUGGACCGUAUACGUCAUGGGUGACAUAGAUGGCAAAAACAGAGCAUCUCGGAUAGCGUCGGCACCGCCCGAGACCACACCCGAUUGGCCGCCAAUCAAUUGGCCGGAUAUACCUGAGCCAAUAGGGGAGAGCCAGUCGGUGCCGGCGCCCAGGGGUGACCAGGAAAACCCUGAUGACUAUCGCGAUCGGAUUAUACAGUCGGCUCGUAAACGAUUUUACAAAGAGCUGCGAAAUUCAGCAGGCCGUGCGGAUGACAUGCAAUCAGGUAUACGACAAUCGUCGGGAUCUGGAUAUCUGGUUACUAUUGUCACCGCAUCUGAUCCGACGGCCAUUCAUCACAUCGAGGGACGGCUUUUUCAGAUCAUAGGCCCAACCGAUGGCCGCAAACGUGUCUAUGAAUACCGUCGACGGGUUAAAGGAGUCGAUCGCACCAAACUCUGA